AUGACACAUAUAGAUUCUUGUCCGUUCACUACAUUGCUGACGCAUGGGAUUGACACAACAGCGUUUCAGUCUCCUAUGUAUGAAUCAGAUCAAUGUUAUCCAUUGGGCUACAAACAACAGUCAUUUCAGGGCCAUGAUGUAGAAUCAAGUUCACGUGGUGGAUAUGGUUAUGAAUUUGACAGUAACACACAAGAUGUGCCGACAUGCAGCCAUCAUACCACUCCGGUUGAAGUUACUGGUAAUAUGGCUGAAACAGUGAACGAGGUGCAGUUUGCUGACAGUGACAUGUACGGUCCUGAUGUCGCCCUAAACGAUGAUGACAAUGAAAUGUGUGAGGAAGAAAAUGUAUUAGGCGGAUCAGAUGAGGAUGAUGAUGAAGAAUAUGAUGCCCAGGCUCCCGUUCAACCUGAAAAUGCCCCCAUUCCACCUAGAGUUGAAAUCCCUUACUAUGACAACAUUCACAUGGGUAGUGAUUUUGACAUUAGUACCCGUGAUGUCGUUCCCCGUAACCGGAUCUGGAGUGCUGAAAAUCCAGAGUUGGACAGAGGAAUAAAAGCAGGGAGUGCUGAUCAACGACGAAAGUGUAAUGGUUACUUAGACCAGAUACAGGCUAUUGACCAAGAAGCCAUCGAUUGGGUCCACAAGAUGAAUCCUGAGGACUGGGCCCUUGCAUAUGACGAUGGAUAUCGCUGGGGGGUAUUGACCAGUAAUGAUGCAGAGUGUUUCAACAGCGUAUUGAAAGGUGCAAGGAACUUACCUAUUUCAGCUAUGGUUGAAUUCACAUUUCGACGACUCGUCAAAUAUUUUGACGAGAUGGGAGCCCAAGCUGAAACAGAUGUACGCAAUGACUUCCAAUACCCUAGAGAGAUGCAAAGAACUAUGGAGGAGGGUAUCACAAGGGGAAAUACUUUCAAGUUGAUAUCGUAUGACAGGCCCCACCGUGUAUUUGAGUUGUACAGGCUUUUGAUAUGGAUUAUCCCAAUAAUCUUCAUGGCACAUGUACCUGAGGAGGUUCCACUGUUCAAACAGGCACAUCGGGCUGACAGUAUGUGGGACCGUCCGGAUGAGGCAUGCACCGUGUUGACAUGUCGUCGGGCAGAUUCUGGAUUGUGGGAGUAUCCGUUGGACCAUAGAGUCUUGCAGUAUCUAUUACGCACGGGAUUCUAUGGUGUGUAUCAUAUCGGGCACAUUCGACUGGACCACGCACUCAUCACUGCUCUCGUUGAGAGGUGGCGCACAGAGACUCAUACAUUCCAUUUCUCGAUCGGGGAGGCCACCGUCACGCUGCAGGACGUAUCUGUCCUAUAUGGUCUUCGGAUUGAUAGCCGAGCAGUUACUGGAGUUGACUCUUCUCGCGCGACGGAGCAGUGGAUAGCCCUAUGUGCUGAGCUAUUGGGAGUAGCACCUACACCAGCAGAUUUACAGGCAGGUAGAGUGAGGGUGAGGUGGCUGGCCGAGCACUUUGCUCAUCUUCCAGAUCAUGCUCCAGAUGAGUUGUCACAGAACCUGGUCAAGCUGAUGUAUUUGCCAUUGCUGAGAGACAUUGAGGAGAUUGGGCAGUACAGUUGGGGUAGCACGGCUCUGGCAUGGUUGUAUAGGAUGCUAUGUCGAGCAGCUCAGGUGGGUACGAGGGAGAUUGGAGGACCACUUGUGUUGCUACAGAUUUGGGUAUGGGAGAGAUUGAUUUGCAUUGCCCCGUCUAGGCGGCAACCGGUUGGUCCUGGUGAGCUUCCUAUGGGUGAGGGGGACAUGCAGUUGCCCACCGGACCGCGAGGUAUCAAUAAUAAAAAAAAAACAUCAAAUCCUAAGAAGUCUCAAACUCCUAAUAAAAGCCCCAAAAAGAUUACUCCAAACUCCUCCUCCUCCUCCUCCUCCUCCAAACUUAGCUCAGUUUCUUCUGGGCAUAAGCUGCCAAAAACAUUAUCCAGGACAUCUAGUUUGAAACUGGUCAGGACUUUAAUAAAGACUCCCAGUUUCAAACCAGCAAGGGCUUCCACAAGAAAGUGUUCACAGGCUGUUCUUUGUGAAAAUCUACAAGUAGAGAGAUCAACGUGCUCUUCAACUUUAAAGGAUUCCAAGUUUCCCAAUUACCUUGAUCUCAGUCCUGGGGCAACUGAAUCACAAGGGACCUCAGUCAUGAAGGUCUGCCCAUACACAUACUGUUCUCUUAAUGGUCAUCACCAUGCUCCUUUGCCUCCACUUAAGUGCUUCUUAUCGGCAAGGAGACAUAUGUUGAAGACCCAGAAGAGAAUGAAAAAAUUGGGAUGUCUAUCCCCACGGCCACGUCGAGCUAGGCCAUCCUCUGAUACCCGUGGUGGGACGAAAGAGAUUCCCGAGCAUAUUACACUUGAUGUGAAACCUUCAAUUCAAGAAGAACUUGAUUCAAAUAGCCCAACAAUCCAUCCUCUGAUACAAGAGGAUGAUCAAAUGGAUUACUUUAUUGAAAUCUAUGCUAGAGAUACAGAAGACGCUGCUGAAACUACUGGUGGAAGAAGCAAACAAAAAGGGGAAGACAAGGAUGAAACCAACGAAACAGCAGCAGAACAUGAUGGCGGAGGACAAGUUGAGAUGUUCUCAGAUGAGGCACCUCUUCAUUCUGAGAUUGAUUUUGAGGACAAUCUUUAUAACACAAGUGAACUCAUUUCAACAGGAAUGGAAGCAGCAGAGGAAGUACGUUCGCCUUUUUCCACUCAAGAAGAGGAAGAAUCACCAGAGUAUCCGACCAAUCAGAGUGACUUCAAAAUGGAAAGCCCAGCAAGCACUGAACUCGAUGAAACAGAGUCUGAAAUUUGUGAUAUGGAAUGGGAGGAGGGCCAAUACUCUGCCCCAUCUCUGAAUGAUGAAGUUGCAAACUCAACUCAAACAAACAAUGAAUAUAAUUUUAGUAGUUAUUCUUCAUUUGGUGCUAAUAAUUCUAGUUUGCAUGACGAACCCAUUUUCAAGUCUGCCGAAAUUGUUAGCAGCUACUUUGAUGAUAUUUCUGGUGAUGAAGGCCCCAAAGAAUUCUUUGAGGAAGAAGCUGCAAGCUCUGGAGGUGGGUGCGGUAACAGCCGUUCUGUUUCUGAGGGUUCAUAUCAGCAUUUGGGAGCCGAUAAAUCGAUGCAAGAGUUCAAUAACCAAAACUACCUAGUUUCUUCUACUUCUGAUGUGUUCAAGGAAUCAACCAUAGAAGAAAAAGAUGGAAAUGCUGAGUUAUACGACACUGCGAUCACUUUGUCACCCAUUGAAGAGCCAAUUGAGAAGCCAAGUGCUUUGCUGGGGAACCAAGAGUGUGAUUCUUGUCAUGAUUUCACUGAACCAGGUCAUGAUGAAACACAUGAGGAUUACAGUUCAAGUGACAACAACAUUGAAGUUUACCAAUCCAAUGCUGUUAGAGAAGAGGCAUUUGUUGGAAGCCUUCUACCCAAGACCGAGGAUCCAGAAAUGAACCAGAGCCUAGAAAAAGAACUCCCUACUGCUGAUGCUGGAGAUCGAACAGAAGAGGAAAACGAAGAGGAAGAGCAAGAGGGUGCAGCCAAAUCACUGAUUAGAAUCCCAACUUCUGAAAUGCUGCAGGGUUUAUCUGAAGAUCAUCAGGAUAUGACUAAGCAAGAUGAUAAUGAAAUCCAAUUUGGUGUCAUAGCCGAAGAUGGUGAAGCAAAUCAAACUAUUGUAGAUGAAGGGCUGCCUGCUGAAACCCUGGUUCAAUCAUCUGUUAGGGAGUCUCAGACCAACAACAAUGUUGAAGACCAGAACCACCCAGACCAUGAAGCUCAGAGCUUCAAAAUCUCAGAUUCCAUAGAUUCAGAAGAUCAAACUCAUUGGGAGCUCAAUAAAGUCAGUGUAGCCAAAAAUAGCAGCGAAGAUGAUAAUGAAAUGGAAGUGCAGCAUUCAACCAUGUCAGAUCCAAAAGAAAGCUUCCCAUUAUCAAAAAAAGCAGCCAGCAAACAAGCAAAAAUCGCAUUCUUCCACGGUAGAAACCAUUCGAGUCAAAAAACAGCCCAAGGACCCUAACAAUAAUCUGAGGAUAAUCAGAUGCAAAAGGCCUGUUGAGGAGUCGGAGGAAGCAAGGAAGUUCAACCCACGGGAACCAAAUUACUUGCCCAUUGAGGCUGACCCAGAAGCCGAAAAGGUUGAUCUCAGGCAUCAAAUGGUGGAUGAAAAGAAAAAUUCAGAAGAAUGGAUGCUUGAUUAUGCACUACGACAGGCUGUUACCAAACUUGCCCCUGCACGGAAGAGGAAAGUGUCAUUACUUGUGGAAGCUUUUGAGAAAGUCAUGCCGAUACCCAAAUAUGAAUCCCAUCUAAAGCAUACAUCAGCAGCUUUUGCUCAUGCAAGAUCCAUUCAAGCUUGUAGCUGAUGCUGACCACUGCGCAGGCAUGAUCAAGAGAAGUCAGUGAGUCAUAAUCCAUAACUACUCAAGUAAUCUCAAAAGUACCGGACCAGUUCAAGCAAUAGCCCAUGUUUUAGGAGUGAACUUCCAAGUACCCAGAACAACUUACUUCAGCUUUCUUCGGAGUAUUCUGGUUUCUCCAAGCUCUAUUAUUGAAGUGCAAGUUAAGAACUUUCAGUUAACGCUCUAUGUAAUGCAAAUAAAAAUGUUGUGUUCAGAUUCUCUAUAAAACAGUAUCUAUCUAUGAUCUAUCUAUCCGUUCUUGUUGUAAAGGGCACCUAAACCUCUAGAUAUUGGUGUACUACAGUUAAUGUUUGUUAUGUAUUAUAUGCAUUAGAGUCUAUUCUGAUAUGCAAUUAUUUUUCCAAUA